AUGACAUCGACAACAACAAAGAUAAAUAAUAGCAUAACAAGGCUAUUCGAAGAUGACAAGUUUUUAUUACCGCAAUUAAAAUCAUUAAAUAAUACAUGGAUUUUUUCUGAAGAUGCCGUGAUCAAUAAUUCACCCACUCGACAUCAAAAACUAACAAUUAGUCAAGAGUUGAAAAAUAAGGAAUCGAUGCAUGAUUUUUUAAUUCGAUUAGGACAAAAAUUAAAAGUUGAUGGGAGAACAAUCUUAGCAGCAACAAUAUAUUUACAUCGAUUUUAUAUGCGAGUGCCGAUUUCUCAAUCAAAAUAUUAUGUUGUUUCUGCUGCCCUUACCAUUUCAUGUAAAUUAAAUGAUAAUUAUCGAACUCCUGAUAAAGUGGCAUUACUUUCAUGUAAUGUGAAAUUACCCCCAAAUGCAAAACCUAUUGAUGAACAAAAUGAAAUGUAUUGGCGAUGGAAAGAUCAAUUAUUAUUUCGAGAGGAAUUGAUAUUACGUAAAUUGAAUUUUGAUUUGAAUUUGAUUCUACCUUAUGAAAUAAGAGAUCAUAUUUUUAAAAAUUUUGUACUUUUUGAUCAAGAAGAUGAACUGGUGAAAUUGUUUAGUACUCAUAAAUUAGACAUUUUAAAAAUGACAACAUCUUUGAUUGAAUCCUUGUCUAGUUUGCCAAUUAUUUUAUGUUAUGAUAUGAAUAUAAUAUUUGGAACAUGUUUAAUUAUAACAAUUAUUGAAGGUAGGAAAAUCAUUGAUGAAAAAUUGAAUAUUCCACCGGCAUUUCUACACAGAUUUUUGAAUAUUGAUUCAGAGACUUGUUUAAAAUGUUUCCAUUUUAUUAAAAAACUAUUGAAAUUUUCCCAAGACGACCCUCACACAAUCAGUAAUAAAGCAAGUGCGAAACGAUUGUUGGAGCUAAGGUCAAAAUUGUUCCACGAAAUUGCCAAACAAGGAGACAGCAAACAAUCGCAACCCCAAUCCCAACAACAUGAAAAUGAAACCACUAACAAAGAGAAAAAACCAGAGGAAAGCAAGAAUGAGGAAUGUAAAACUUCAGAGAACAUAAAAAACGGUCAUGGUACAACCACUACAAAUAUAGACCCCAAAAUCCAUGAUAGUAAAGUAGAUGAGGUUGAAAAAAAUGAGAUAAACAAACAGGAGGUAGACAAAAUUCAAACACAAGGUGAAUGUACACAAGAAGAAAAUACUAUUGGUAUUGCUAUUGAGAAGAAAAUACCAGAUACAGAAAAUAACGAAACAAAAUCUGAAACCACAAACUCAACUAGAGAAAAAGAUGACAAAAUUAACCAUAAAACUGUAAUUAGCAAUGAGAGUAUGGCUGAAAAGAACUCCGACGUACAUGGAAAUGAUAGUAAUGGGAACAAUGGUGAUUCUGGAAACACAUCUAAUCUGUUAAAACAAGGAGAAGAUACCAAAAAUGAAGUGCUGAAGAAAACUGCUGAUUCUAAAGAAGUUCCUACCUCAACUAAUAACACCAGUUCAAACAACGCUACUGCUGAUUUACAUGACUCAACCAAUGGCACAAACGAAAAGUCUAUUGGAGAAAAAAGAAAUCUUGAACCAGAUUCAAACGAUGCCAAUGUAGAUUCACCAAGUAGUAAAAUAGCAAGAGUUGAAUAG